AUGUCUCAGGCACAACAACAAAAGAUCGAACAAUUCAUUAUUUUCGAUGAUUAUGGCCAUGUAUAUUAUACUUUAAACGAGGACAAGAAACAAAUAACUUUACUUAUAAAUUCGUUAAUCUCAGAUUAUUUGAUCGGUGGUAAUGAUACAAAUAACAAUUCCAUCAUCUUAAGCAAAAAUUAUAAAGCUAAAUUUAAAACAGUUAUCAAUAAACCAAAAAUUCGAUUUGUGGUUCUUUAUCCCAAUAGUUCCAAUCAACCUCAUGUCUGGGACCAAAUGGCCUUAGAUCUUUUGCAGCUUGGAGAAAGAUUAUGGGAAUCAUUGGACUUGACUGAAAAAAUUACUUUGUAUUGGAAUAGCAACUCAAACAUUAUGGAUGGCGAUAAUGAAAAUAGUAAUAAUUUGGAUAUUUUGGAAGAAAAAUUCAGGCCUUAUUUCAAAGUUAAAUAUGAAGAAAUCUUGAAUAAAAAUUCAAAAAAAUUAUUGAUCAAUGGGAAUAUGGGACCAGAUAUCAAACAGAAGGCUAAUCAGGCCUAUAAUAACAACAGUAAACAAGGUAAAAGUAAUUCAAACAAGAAAAAUACUACCGGUAACAAAUCAAGAAAAUGGAAUAUAGAUGGUUCCUUGGACGAAUCUGGUGUGGAUGCAAAUGGUUUAGAUUUCAGCCAAAUGCCUGAUGAUGCAGAACAUACCAGUAAUAAUGCCACUAGCAACAAAGAAUUAAUUCAAGAUAUAGACAGCUCUGAGUUUGGUGGCAGAAAUGCUAAUGGCGAUUUCUUAAUUAAAGAAGUAGAUGAUUUACUAUCAGACACUCAGCUUACUAAAAAAACAAACAAAAAUGACAGCUCUAAAAGUACUGGUAUUUUUAACUUGUUACAAAAUAAAUUUUUGGGAAACAAAAAAAUUACCGAUGAAGAUUUGAGUCAAGUUACGAAAAAAUUCGAAAAAAAUUUAAUUGCGAAAAACGUGGCACCAGAAGUCGCCAAUUAUUUGAUGUCUCAGAUCAAGAAGGACUUGGUUGGUUCUACAACUGCUAACUGGACAAGUGUGGAGUCUACUGCAAAGGAGUCCUUGAGCAAAACAUUAACUACGCUACUAACACCAGGUGUAUCCAUAGAUUUGUUGCAUGAAAUUCAAAAAAAACGUAGAUUAGAUCCCUCGAGCCCUUAUGUGUUUAGUGUUGUUGGUGUUAAUGGCGUUGGAAAAUCAACCAACUUGUCUAAAUUGGCGUUUUGGCUGCUACAAAACAAUUUCAAAGUUUUGAUUGUUGCCUGUGAUACAUUUAGAUCUGGUGCUGUGGAACAGCUUAGAGUGCACGUGGAGAAUUUGGCUGAAUUGACUGAUUCUACUCAUGUUCGUGGCUCCAAAAAUACGAGAGGUAAGUCUGGUAACGAUUUUGUUGAAUUAUUUGAAGCAGGGUAUGGUGGCUCUGAUUUAGUUACCAAAACUGCCAAACAAGCCAUCAAGUACGCCAGCGAGAACAAGUUUGAUAUUGUUUUGAUGGACACCGCUGGUAGAAGACAUAACGACGCUACGUUAAUGUCGCCAUUGAAGACAUUUGCUGAACAAGCGAAGCCUGACAAGAUUAUUAUGGUUGGUGAAGCCUUGGUUGGUACUGACUCCGUUCAACAAGCUAAAAAUUUCAAUGCAGCUUUUGGCAAAAAUAGAAAUUUGGAUUUUUUAAUUAUAUCCAAAUGUGACACGGUUGGUGAUAUGUUGGGUACCAUGGUUAAUAUGGUAUAUGCAACACACAUCCCUAUUUUGUUUAUCGGUGUGGGCCAAACUUACACUGAUAUACGUACAUUAAGUGUCUCUUGGGCUGUUAAUACCCUUCUAUCGUAUUAA